AUCAAAUAUCCCAAAACCCUUCAGACAUCCAUUAACAUUCUCUCACAUGAAUAAACCGUAAAGCUCAUAAACAACAGCCGUUGACAACAAACCUCCAGGUCGUGUAAGUUCUUCGGUGCCUUGCAUGCUCUGCACGUCUGAGUUCUCCUCACAGCGCUCAAAGAUGUGGAGGCCCAGCUUCGCCUCAGGACAAUUGAGAGACUGCACAACUAUCACAAAGGCUGUGAACGCUCAUUGAUGCUCGAGGAGGCAACACGCGGAAGAAACCAGACUGAACGAUCUUCGAAAGUUUUCAAGAGUUGCUCUGCAGAAAAAAAAGGCUCUGGAUUGGUUUUACACCCUGGCCGAGGAUCUACGGUUCCUCACGUUCUAGAUCCCGCUUGAAGGUUUCACGCUCCGUCGAAAAAACACUGAGGAGUCCCUAAUAAACCCCAAAGAGAGAAUUUGGUGCCAGCCGCUUCCCAACUUUCCAUCACCAUGACAAGCACUACCAGCGACCAAAAGGCCGCCUCCUCCCCCCUGAUGGUCAAACCUCACCGUCAGCGGCUGGUCAGCAAGGACGGACGGAGCCUGAUGCAGGGCAGUGCCCCAGGCUCCAGAGAGACGUGGUUCGGGGCCCUGCGGGACAUGUGGGGGACGUGGCUGGCGCUGCGGUGGCGAUGGGUGGUGCUGGCAUUCUGCGGCUCCUUCCUGCUUCACUGGCUGCUGUUUGCGGUGUUGUGGUACCUGCUCGCCCGUGUCAACGGAGACCUGGAUGUGGCCGACCACGACUCCCCACCGCCUGGGCACGUGCUGUGCGUCAAACACGUGACGGGCUUCACCGCUGCCUUCUCUUUCGCCCUCGAGACGCAGCUGACCAUCGGGUACGGUACCAUGUAUCCCAACGCUGACUGUCCGACCGCCAUAGCGCUGCUCGCCCUGCAAAUGCUGCUGGGACUCAUGCUGGAGGCCUUCAUCACUGGUGCAUUCGUGGCUAAAUUCUCCCGCCCUCAAAAGCGCUGCGGUGGUAUCCUAUUCAGCCCUCAGGCUGUAGUAUGUGAGGUCAAAGGUCAACGUUGCCUGAUGUUCCGCGUCUGUAACCUGCUUCCAAGGCCACUAGUAGACGUGUGCGUGAGCGCCGUUCUCUACGAAGAGCGUGACGAUCACGAACUCCACCAAACCGCAAUGGAAUUUAGCGUCGAUAACCUGGGGCCACGACCUUGCCCUCUUUUCCUGUCACCUCUGACCUUUUAUCACCCUCUAACUCCAUCCAGCCCUCUAAACAAUGUCCCAAACACCAAACAUUUCGAGUUGGUGGUGUUCCUCACUGCUUCUCAGGAGAGCACAGGCUCCGGCUACCAUAAGAGAACAUCCUACCUGUCCGACGAGAUCCAGUACGGCAGCUGCUUCGCCAAGGUGACGUCUCGGCACGGAAAAGGCCGGAGCAAAGCCGAAAGCAUGCGGUAUUUUGACACGCAGCCCUGUCCGCUCACGCUCCCAAACACACACACCAGUGACGCACUGGAGAAAGAGCAUGUAGUGGUUCAAAUCAACGGAGAAGGCAGUGACCGAGUAGAGUAGCAGUGGUUUAUUUUUAUGCAAGGGUGUAUGAUUAAUAAGAAUUCUCUGCUCAUGAAGAGGGCAUUUCAUUCACAACACAACCUCCAGUUUAUGACUUUUUAGCCCAAAAGACAACCUCAGUUAGUUAUGAUCUGAUACAUCACCCCGUCCCGUUAGAAACCCAUCAAAAUCAUUUUUGCUGCUACGGACACACUUGCAUUUUCCAGAGCAACACAGAUGAGUGACGGCUGUUUAAGAUCUUGUUUUUCAAUAUUUCUCCAAUAUUUUAUGAUUGUAACUGACCAUCUUCACCCUGAAUCCACUGACACCAUUAAGUUUAUUCGUUACUUGGGCGUUUUCAAAAUAUAAAUUAUUAAAGGAUAAGUUCAUUUCCAGAACAAAUAUUUACACAUAAUUUACUUACCCGUUUGUCAUCCAAGAUGUUCAUGUCUUUCUUUAGUCGCAAAGAAAUUAUGUUUCUUGAGGAAAACAUUUCAGGAAUGUUCUCCAUAUAAUGGACUUCAAUGGUGCCCCAAAGUUUAAACUUUGGGUAUGUAGUUUAAAUGUAGUUUAAAUGCAGCUUCAAAGAGCUGUAAAUGAUUCCAGCUGAGGAAGAAGGGUCUUAUCUAGCGAAACGAUCGGUCAUUUUCAAAACAAAUUGACAAUUUAUAUAUUUUUUUUAUAUACUAUGAUGCACAUGCGUAAUCUGUGUAAGCCAGGUCAAUACAGUUAGGGUAUGUCGAAAAAUCUCGUGUUCAUCUUCAACUUCAAAAUCGUCCUACAUUGCUGUUUUAUCUUUUUUUUUGUAAAGGGCAUUUGAUCUUCUUUGCAUGUUCACUUUGUAAACACUGGGUGGGUACUGCUGCAGCGAUGUAGGACGAUUUUGAAGUUGGGGAAAAAAAAAAACAUGGGAGUUUUUCGACAUACCCUAACUGUCUUGAACCAGAAAAAAACAGUUCACACAGAAGUAGACAAGAUGGGCGUUUGAGAUUAAAAAGUAUAUAAAUUGUCAAUUUGCUUUGAAAAUAACUGUGUGUUUUGGUAGAUAAGACUCUUCUUCCUUGGCUGGGAUCGUUUAUAGCAUUUAAACUGGAUUUUGGAAGUUCAAACUUGGAGGCACCAUUGAAGUCCACUAUAUGGAGAUAAUUCCUGUAAUGUUUUCCUCAAGAAACAUAUGAAGAAAGAGAGACAUGAACAUCUUGGAUGACAAGGGGGUGUGUGCAUUAUCUGUAAAUUUUUGUUCUGGAAGUGAACUUCUCCUAUAAAGCGCUACACACAGUGCUGGGUAGAUUACUUACAAAUUGUAGCCCGUUACUGAUUACAAAUUACAUGAUGGAAAUGAUCAUUUGUAAUGUAGCAUAUUGGAUUACACAUUCUGACUACUUUUUGAUUACUUUUAGAUUACUUUUGACCUAAAAUACACUGCUGGUCAAAAGUUCAGUUUUUUUUUUAAAGCCUUUUCUACUUAUCAAGGCUGCAUUUAUUUGAUAAAUGUAAUAUAAUAUAAGAAUGCAGGAAAAAACUGUAAUAUUGUGAAAUAUUAUUGCUAUUUAAAAUAGUAGUUUUCUAUUUUAAUAUACUUUAAAAUAGAAUUUAUUACUGUAAUGCAAAGCUGAAUUUUCAGCAUCAUUACUCCAGUCAUAAGUGUCACAUGAUCCUUCAGAAAUCACUCUAAUAUGCUCUUUUAUUAUCAAUUUUGGAACCUGUUAUAUAUAUAUAUAUAUAUAUAUUAGAAUUCUUUGAUGAAUAAAACAUUAAAAAGAACAGCAUUUAUUUGAAACACAAACUCUUUGGAACACUACCAUUAUACACUGCCAUUCAAAGUUUGAGGUCAAUACGUUUGUUCUUUCUUUCUUUGAAAGAAAUUAAUACUUUUAUUAAGCAAGGAUGUGUUCAAUUGAUAAAAAUUAUAGCAAAAAGACUAUCUAUUUUGAAUAAAUGCUGUUCUUUUUUAUUUUUUAUUAAUCAAAGAAUCCUGAAAAAAGUAUCACAGAUUUCCAGAAAAUAUUAAGCAGCACAACUGUUUCCAACAUUGAUAAUUCAGCAUACUAAAAUGAUUUUUGAAGGAUCAUGUGACACUGAAGACUGGAGUAAUAGCUGAUGAAAAUUCAGCUUUGCAUCACAGAAAUAAAUUUUAUUUUAAAGUAUAUUAAUUAUACUUUAAAGUAAAUUUUUUGAUCAAAUAAUGGAACUUCGAUGAGCAUAAAAGACUUCAUUAUUCAUAAAUGAACUACACAGAGUUUGUGAUUUAUUGAUGAUUGACUUUCCAAACGUAUAAAAGAAUUUUAAAAUUUAAGUAAAAUUUAAGAGAGAGAGAAGAAUUAGCGUGAACCAAUUAAUUAAAAAUUUACUGUCGUUGUGUAAAUAUGUAAUCAUAUAAUCUAUUAAAAAGUAACUGUAAUCCAAUUAUGAGCAUUUUAAAAUGUAAUCUAAUAACAAGUACUUAAUUUUUGGAAUCUGAUUAUAUAAUCUAGAUGACAUGUAAUGUAGUAAUUAGUUACUACCCAGCACUGAUAUUUUUAUCAAAAUACAUGAAUGUUAGGGAUCCUGUCUUGCAAUUGUGUCAUAUUCACAUCAGUGGAUGUUCAUUUAUUAAUAUAGAGCGUUGCAGUGAUGACGUAUUUUUUUGUAGGCCAACCCGGAAGUUUGCAUUACCCUGGUUUCCUCGACAAAAAAACCCUAAAGCAUUUUCCCACCAUUUCAUGGAUUAUUGCAUAAAUUGAGGUCGGUGGCCAACAAAAGGCUAUUAUUCUUACACGCAAUAAGUAAAAAGCUAAAUCAUAGGCUUUAAAUAAACGACACCACGGUCGCAUGACUUCAGUGUCAUCACUUUUAAACUUCCAACAGCUCUUUCGGGCCUUUAUUUAUAACUUUCCCCAUGAAAGUCACAAUCAGCGUCUGUAGACCCAUUUAGUCACUCGUGAAGACAAGCAAAAGCUUUAAAAAAAAUCACAAGGAUUACUAGUGGAUUUUUUUAUGACGCAAGUACAAAUAUCUUUAGUUGCUGUUAACCACAGACCUAAGUUCAGGCAAAAACCCAUUAAAAAAACCCAUUGACUUCACAAACCAGACAUGCUCAAAUGCUCAUUUCUGGGUUUUGGCCUACAAAAAUAAAUCAUCCCUGCAGCGCUCUUCUUAUUCGACACUCAGUGAAAAUAAAAUGACUUUUCAUUUUUGUUUGAACUAUACCUUUAAAGUAUUCAUUAACACCCCUAUUAAGUGCCUACUGACAAUUUUUUUUUCUUUCACUAUGAAGUCAUGAAAUGGACUUUUGGAUGAAGAGAUCGAAUAUUGAGCUGAACAUUAACAGUGAUGUAAAUAAUAAAGUAUAUAGAUAAAUAAAUAGAUUAUUUACUAGAUUAUUUUUGAGAAGGAAGAUCUAUGCAAUAAAAAUGAGCACAAUUCUAUUGGUGGCACAACACUGUGUGAUUUUUACUCUGUAGGUGAUUAUACUGUAUAGCACAUGUACUGUCUGUCUGUCAAUCAGAAAGGACUGACUGCUUUCACUGUAUUAUUAUAUGUAUAAAGCAUGAUUGUUAAACUCUGAAAGGCUGGACAAGAAUUGUAGUAAUUCAGUUUCCUGCAAACAGGCCGCUAAUCAAAUGUUUUCAAGCUACAGUGGAAACUGAUCUGUAAAAGAAAUGUCUUUAUUUUGAUAUGUGGAACACAAGACUGGAUUAAAAUAUCUGUGGAAAUCUUGUAGUUGUGUUUUUUUUCAAUCCUUACAGAACAUUUUUUGCCUUAUUAGCAGUAAAUAUUAUAGUUAAACACAAUUUAUGUCAACAAAACACUUGUUUUGCAUAUUUUGUUGACCAAUCCCUGUGCUGCCACCUACAGGCACUGCAGAGAAAAUAAAUACCAUUGAUACAACAACAAAUAUAACAUUUUGCACAUACACUACCAAUCAAAAGUUUUUGACCAGUAAGAUUUUUGAUAUUUUAAAGAAGUCUCAUCUACUCACCAUUUAUUUGAUCUUAAGUACAGCAAAAAGCAGUACAAUUUUGAAAUGUUUUUUCCUAUUUAAAAUACCUGUUUUCUAUCUAAAUAUAUUUUAAAAUGCAAUUUAUUCCUGUGAUUUUAAAGCUGAAUUUUUAGCAUCAUUACUUCAAUAAUCAUUCUAACAAUUAUUGUUGUUAUUAUGUUGAGUACAGCUGAGCAGAAUGUUUUCAGAAGAACAGCAUUUAUCUGAAAUAGAAAUCUUUUGUGACAUGAUAAAUGUCUUAAUACUAUCAUUUCUUUACCCUUCUUUAAUUUCUAUACUUUUAAUGGUAUAGUGUAUGUUACAAAAGCUUUUUAUUUCAGAAAAAUGCUGGUCGUUGGAUCUUUCUAUUCAUCAAAGAAUUCUAAAAAAAUGUACUCAACUGUUUUAAAUAUUGAUAAUACCAAUAACAAUGUUAAAUAAGGUAAAUAAGGUUCUUAAACAGCAAAUCAGCAUGUUAGAAUGAUUUCUGAAGGAUCAUGUGGCACUAAAGACCGGAGUAAUGAUGCUGAAAAUUAAGCUUUGAUCGCAGAAAUAAAUUACAUUUUAAAAAAUAUUCAAAUAAAAAAAUAAAAUUUAAAUUGUAAAAAAUAUUUCUGAAUUUAUCUGUUUUUGCUGUAUUUUGGAUAAAAUAAAUGCAGGCUUGGUGAGCAAAAGAGACUUUAAAAAAAAACAUUAAAAAUCUUACCAUUAAAAAAAACUUUUGACUGGUAGUGUAUGGAAUACAACAAAACAGCUUAUUUUUGCCUUAAAAACACUUAAAAUAAAGUACUAAACUUAAUAUAAAUCACUAAAAUUUAAACUAAACUACAAUUUAAAUGACAACUAAAAAUAUAUGUAACAAAAACAU